AUGAAGGAAUACGCUGACAAACGACGACGUUCUGAAACCAGCGAAAUAAAAGUAGGAGAUACAGUCCUAAUCCAACAACCGAAAGCAAACAAGUUGUCCACUCCUUUUAAUCCACGUCCUUACAAGGUCGUAGCGAGAAAAGGAAGUAUGGUCACUGCUGAACGUGGUUCUCAUAAACUUACCCGCAACGUUUCGUUUUUCAAAAAAAUUAAAGCUACCUUCAUCCCGAAAGAUGCGACAGUCGAUGAAUCCGAUUAUCCAAUCCCACAUUCCCAACACAACUUGAAGGAACAAGUUGCACCACCACCUCACAGAAGAUUUCAACGGAACAGACAACCUCCCAACAGACUGAGAUAUUAA